UAAGAAGGGGUCGUGCGCGGUCUGCCGCAGGCAGACCUCCUUCAGGUGCAAGCGCUGCAAGGGCGUCAACUACUGUACCUUCAAAUGCCAGAUAGCUCACUGGAGACAAGGACACAAAGAUGAAUGCCAUCCACAAAGUGUUGAUGCCAGGAAAGACGGUACAGUAAAAGCUUCUUCGGCGGAGAAAGGAGUUGAAUGCAAUAGCUCAAAUGAAGAAAGUGUGGUGGCGGGAGUAGAGCCAGCAGUUAAAACAAAAAAUUCCAUCGCUGUUAUGCCCGAAUCUUCUAAGGAAAACUGUGUUGCAAAGUGUUUAAAUGAUGAAAGCAAGGAGAUGCCCUUUGGGAAGGCAUCCAACACCGCAGAGGCUUCUGAACAUGACAACAAUAUGUUUACAUUUUGUAGUGUUACAGAGCAUACAGAAUCUGCUGAUUGUUCAAGUUUUCCAACUUCUGGUGAAGCUUGCAAAGUCAAGGGCGCUUCUGUUAGUGAAAAUGGCUCUCCAUCUCACAUUCCAGCAGACAACUCUAGCUUGCAAGCUGAUAGAUCUGCUGGGUUAGAAUCUGAAAUGGAGCAAUCUAGCGCACAAGCUCCUUGCAUAGAUAACAUUAAAAGUUCUAGAAGUUUGCCAUCAUUGCCAACUAUUGAAAAAGUUUCUUCCAGUCAUGCUGGUGCACACUUCGCAGCGGGUAAUCCAUCUAAAAAGGCAGAUAAUCUUAUCGAAACUUCCGCGAGAUCGGAGAGCAGUGUUAUGGUGCCAAAUAAUCUAUCAACGGCGAAAAGUUUGAUCACGCAACAAACUCCUCCAAUAUUUGUGAGCACAUCUGAAUCGUAUGAACUUUUCGUCAAGCUGUACAACUUUGAGAAGGUGGAGUUACAUCCUUUUGGUCUAUGUAACCUUGGGAAUAGUUGCUACGCAAAUGUUGUUAUUCAGUGUUUGACAUUUACACGACCACUUACAGCGUACCUUCUGGAAGGACUUCAUUCAAAAAAUUGUUCCAAAAAGGUAUGGUGCUUUUUGUGUGAGUUUGAAAGACUCAUUAUGGAGGGUAAGCGAGGACAAUCUCCAUUAUCACCUACCGGAAUACUAUCUCAUUUGAGUGAGAUUGGAAGUAGCUUUGGCCCAGGCCAACAGGAAGAUGCUCAUGAGUUUCUCAGGUACGCAAUCGAUACUAUGCAAUCUGCCAUUAUGAACGAAUCCAAUAAAGAUGGUGGGCAUGAGUUAUCUGAAGAAGCUACACUGAUGCAAUUGAUGUUUGGGGGCUAUCUACGAUCUAAGAUCAAAUGCACAAAGUGCAAGGCCAGUUCAGAACAGCGUGAACGUAUUAUGGAUCUUACUGUUGAAAUAGAUGGGGCUAUCAGUACCCUUGAAGACGCACUUCAUCGAUUUACAUCUAAAGAAAUCUUAGAUGGUGACAAUAAAUACCAUUGCAUCAGAUGCAAUUCAUAUGAACGUGCCAAAAAGAAGCUGACAAUAUCAGAAGCACCUAAUAUCCUGACUAUUGCAUUGAAAAGAUACCAGUCUGGUAUGUUCGGUAAAAUCAACAAGGCCAUCAGGUUCCCGGAGUACUUGAAUUUGUCUAGCUACAUGAGUACGACACAUGAUUGUUCCCCUGUGUACGGGCUAUAUGCUGUGGUUGUCCAUCGUGAUAUUAAUAAUGCAUCCUUUUCUGGUCAUUAUGUAUGUUAUGUCAAGGACUCACAUGGGAAAUGGCACGAGAUGGAUGAUAGCCAGGUGAAACCUGUUUCUCUGGAAGAAGUUCACUUGAAGUGUGCAUAUAUGCUGCUCUAUGCGAGGUGUUCACCACGGGCUCCAAGCUCUUUAAGGAAAGUGGUUGUUCAAGACCCAUCACGCAGAAAGAAAGCCAGCCAAACAGUAGAUCCAGAACCAACUUCAUUGGAAGGAGGCAGUUACCUGAGCAGGCACCAAGGUGGGCAAUCAUAUACAGAUCAUAUAGUGUAUGACAACACCUACACAUUGGAUAAAUUUGAUGACUCAUUGUAUCUAGUAUCAGAGUCUACAAGUCCAAGCGGGAGUUCUUCUAUAUUCAGUAAAUCCGACGCAGGGUCAACCGGUACUUUGGGCAGCGAUAGCACUGACAGCACAAGGAACUCAGGCAGCAUGGAGGACUAUGAUUUCAUAGUUGGAAGCUCGGAUCAAAUCAACCCGGUAAGCUCAGUGCUUAUACCUGAGGAACACGAGCUUAGCUAUUCGCGAAGGUCUAGCUUGAACCCUAGCUCCUCAACUGAAUAUGCGGAUCAGGGUGAGGUUGAAAGGCUGCAACAGCUCAAUCAUAAAGCAAGCAGAGGGGUUUGGAAUGAGGGUGGGGAAAACCUAUCCGUGUUCUAUCCUGACCAAGGUAAAUACCCGGGCAGUCUUAGUAUUAGUAGCAGAAGUAGUGGUAGUAGUAACAGUAUUUGUAAGUUAACAGAACAAGGUAGCAGUAGGAUGACAGCGGAGGUUUGAUCAUGGUUGGGGUUAUUGUAGGUAGAAGGCUGAACGAGCCACAGUUUUCGGUACAGAGGGCCUGGGUUGUAGAGAAAGAUAAAUAAUUUAUCCUGU